GCCGGUGGUUCUCCGGCUCCCGCUGUGCGGACCGGCGCGGCGGCCUGAAAUCCAGCAUCCCGGCCAACACCUCCCGGAGCAGCAGGCGGCACCAACGCCCCAGCGGUUGGAUCCCCAAAUCGCGCUCGCCGCGGCCGGCAAGAUGCAACCGGUGUACCCGGAGGCGAAACCCAACCCGCUGCGGAACGCGAACCUCUGCUCGCGCGUGUUCUUCUGGUGGCUAAAUCCCUUGUUUAAAAUCGGUCACAAACGGAGAUUAGAAGAAGAUGACAUGUACUCGGUGCUUCCAGAAGAUCGCUCCCAGCACCUUGGAGAAGAGCUGCAAGGGUACUGGGAUCAAGAGGUUUUGAAAGCUGAGAAAGAUGCACGGAAGCCUUCUUUAACAAAAGCAAUCAUCAAGUGUUACUGGAAAUCCUAUGUAGUUUUGGGAAUUUUUACAUUAAUUGAGGAAAGUACCAGAGUAGUUCAGCCCAUAAUUUUGGGGAAAAUUAUUGGUUAUUUUGAAAACUACGAUCCCUCUGAUUCUGCUGCUUUGUACGAAGCCCAUGGCUAUGCCGGGGUGCUGAGCGCCUGCACGCUUGUCUUGGCCAUUCUACACCACUUGUACUUCUACCACGUCCAGUGUGCGGGGAUGAGGCUGAGAGUAGCCAUGUGCCACAUGAUCUACCGCAAGGCCCUUCGCUUGAGUAACUCGGCCAUGGGGAAGACUACCACAGGCCAGAUAGUCAAUCUGCUGUCCAACGAUGUGAACAAGUUUGAUCAGGUAACGAUGUUCUUGCACUUUCUGUGGGCAGGGCCACUGCAGGCUAUCGUAGUGACCGCCCUGCUCUGGAUGGAAAUAGGAAUAUCAUGUCUUGCUGGGAUAGCGGUUCUCAUUAUUCUUCUGCCUUUGCAAAGCUGCAUCGGGAAGUUGUUUUCGUCACUCCGGAGUAAGACCGCAGCCUUCACAGACACCAGGAUCAGGACCAUGAAUGAAGUUAUAACUGGCAUCAGAAUAAUAAAAAUGUAUGCUUGGGAAAAGUCUUUUGCAGAACUUAUCACCAAUUUGAGAAGGAAAGAAAUUUCCAAGAUUCUGAGAAGUUCCUACCUCAGAGGGAUGAAUUUGGCAUCAUUUUUUGUUGCAAGCAAAAUCAUCGUUUUCGUCACCUUCACCACCUACGUGCUCCUUGGCAACACGAUCACAGCCAGCCGUGUGUUUGUGGCGGUGUCGCUGUACGGGGCUGUGCGGUUGACAGUCACCCUCUUCUUCCCUUCGGCCAUCGAGAAGGCGUCAGAGGCAUUCGUCAGCAUCCGAAGGAUCAAGAACUUCCUGUUACUUGAUGAGAUAACACAGUUCCACUCUCAACUACCAUCAGAUGGUAAAAUGAUCGUGAAUGUGCAAGAUUUCACUGCUUUUUGGGAUAAGGCAUCAGACACCCCAACCCUACAAGGCCUUUCCUUUACUGUCAGACCCGGUGAACUGUUAGCUGUGGUCGGACCUGUGGGAGCAGGAAAGUCCUCACUGUUGAGCGCUGUGCUGGGGGAGCUGCCCCUAAGCCAGGGACAGGUCAGCGUGCACGGGAGGAUCGCGUAUGUUUCUCAGCAGCCCUGGGUGUUCUCAGGAACUGUGAGGAGUAACAUUUUAUUUGGGAAGAAAUAUGAAAAGGAGCGAUAUGAAAAAGUAAUAAAGGCUUGUGCUUUGAAAAAGGAUUUACAGCUUCUGGAGGACGGAGAUCUAACUAUGAUAGGAGACCGGGGAACCACACUGAGUGGAGGGCAGAAAGCCCGAGUCAACCUUGCAAGAGCUGUGUAUCAGGACGCAGACAUCUACCUCCUAGAUGAUCCACUCAGCGCAGUGGAUGCCGAAGUCAGCAGGCACUUGUUUGAACUGUGUAUUUGUCAAGCCUUGCACGAGAAGAUCAGAAUCUUAGUGACUCAUCAGUUGCAGUACCUAAAAGCUGCAAGUCAGAUUCUGAUAUUAAAAGAUGGCAAAAUGGUGCAAAAGGGGACUUACACUGAGUUCCUAAAAUCCGGGAUAGAUUUUGGUUCCCUCUUAAAGAAGGAGAAUGAGGAGACUGAACCAUCUCCGGUUCCAGGAACUCCCACCCUGAGGAAUCGCACCUUCUCCGAGUCUUCGGUUUGGUCUCAACAGUCUUCCAGACCCUCCUUGAAAGAGGCCACUCCGGAGGGCCAAGACACCGAGAAUAUACAGGUUACCCUAACUGAGGAGACCCGUUCGGAAGGAAAAGUUGGUUUUAAGGCUUAUAAGAAUUACUUUACAGCCGGUGCUCACUGGUUUAUCAUCAUUUUCCUCAUUCUAGUAAACCUUGCAGCUCAGGUUUCCUACGUCCUGCAGGACUGGUGGCUUUCAUACUGGGCCAAUCAACAGAGUGCCCUGAAUGUCACUGUUAAUGGACAAGGAAAUGUAACUGAGAAGCUCGAUCUGAACUGGUACUUAGGAAUUUACUCAGGGUUAACUGCAUCUACUGUCCUGUUUGGUGUCGCCAGAUCUCUGUUGGUGUUCUUCGUCCUUGUUAGUUCUUCACAAACUUUGCACAACCAAAUGUUCGAGUCCAUUUUGAGAGCUCCAGUAUUGUUCUUUGAUAGAAAUCCAAUAGGAAGAAUUUUAAAUCGUUUCUCCAAAGACAUUGGGCAUAUGGAUGACUUGCUGCCCCUGACAUUUCUUGAUUUCAUCCAGACAUUUCUACAAGUGAUUGGUGUGGUGGGUGUGGCAGUGGCGGUGAUUCCUUGGAUUGCCAUACCCCUGGUUCCCCUUGGCAUCGUUUUCUUUGUUCUCCGGCGAUAUUUCUUAGAAACAUCGCGAGAUGUCAAACGCCUGGAAUCUACAACACGGAGCCCAGUGUUUUCCCACCUGUCGUCUUCUCUCCAAGGCCUCUGGACCAUCCGGGCGUACAAAGCUGAACAGAGGUUUCAGGAACUGUUCGACACACACCAGGACUUGCACUCAGAGGCUUGGUUCUUGUUUCUGACGACGUCCCGAUGGUUCGCUGUGCGUCUGGAUGCCAUCUGUGCUGUGUUUGUCAUUGUUGUUGCCUUUGGGUCCCUGAUUCUGGCAAAAACUUUGGACGCUGGGCAGGUUGGCCUGGCGCUGUCCUAUGCCCUCAUGCUCAUGGGGAUGUUCCAGUGGUGCGUCAGGCAAAGUGCUGAAGUUGAAAAUAUGAUGAUUUCAGUAGAAAGGGUGAUUGAGUAUACAGAUCUGGAAAAAGAAGCGCCCUGGGAAUACGAGAAACGCCCGCUGCCGUCCUGGCCCCAUGAAGGCGUGAUCAUCUUUGACAAUCUGAACUUCUCAUACAGCCUAGAUGGGCCUCUGGUAUUGAAGCACCUGACUGCGCUCAUUAAGUCAAAAGAAAAGAUUGGCAUUGUGGGAAGAACAGGAGCUGGAAAAAGUUCUCUCAUUGCUGCCCUUUUUAGAAUGUCGGAGCCUGAAGGUAAAAUCUGGAUUGAUAAGAUCUUGACAACUGAAAUUGGUCUUCAUGAUUUAAGGAAGAAAAUGUCAAUUAUACCUCAGGAACCUGUUUUAUUCACUGGAACAAUGAGGAAGAAUCUGGAUCCCUUCAAUGAGCAUUCAGAUGAGGAACUGUGGAAUGCCUUAGAAGAGGUGCAAUUGAAGGAAGCCAUCGAAGAUCUUCCUGGUAAAAUGGAUACUGAAUUAGCAGAAUCCGGAUCAAACUUUAGUGUUGGACAGAGACAACUGGUGUGCCUUGCCAGGGCUAUCCUCAGGAAAAACCGGAUAUUGAUUAUUGACGAAGCCACGGCCAAUGUGGAUCCAAGAACUGAUGAGUUAAUACAAAAAAAAAUCCGUGAGAAAUUUGCCCACUGCACUGUGCUAACCAUAGCACACAGAUUGAAUACUAUUAUUGAUAGCGACAAGAUAAUGGUUUUGGAUUCAGGGAGACUGAAAGAAUAUGAUGAGCCAUAUGUUUUGCUGCAAAAUAGAGACAGCCUAUUUUAUAAGAUGGUGCAACAACUGGGCAAGGCUGAGGCCGCUGCCCUCACUGAAACAGCAAAACAGGUGUACUUCAAGAGGAAUUAUCCAGAUAUUACUCACAAUGGCCAGGUGGUUAUGAAUGCUUCCAGUGGACAGCCCUCAGCCUUAACAAUUUUUGAGACAGCACUGUGAUUCUACCAUGACAUCAAGUCUGUUCCAGAGGCAUCUUUCCAAUAGUUUUUGCACUGUGUAAACUACAUUUUACUUAUUUUUAUACCAGUAGCAGAUAUUUACACAUAGAAUAUGUUCGUCCAUUUGGAUUUUUUCCUGCAACUUCACCCAGUGGUUUCAGGCUCUUAACAACAUUAUUAUUAUUUAUAUGUUAAUAGUAUUUUUGUCUUAUCUAAAUCAGAGGUACAGGCCAUCAAUAAAAGCUGUCUACCAGGUUUCGUGCCUUAAAGAGACUUCAGAGCCAAAGCACAUUUUCUAAGGUGUAAGACAAAGUUGUCAUAGAUAUUUUUUACUAUCCCCAACUUACAUAUUCCUUUACAGUUAUAUCAGGGAUUCUGUUUACUUGAAGACUCUAGAAGUUGCCAUUUUGCCUUACCACUUUCUUUAACAUAAGUAGGAUCCACUAUUCCCCGCCAAAGACCUCUGGUUAAGCUAGUACAAAAUAGGGAAAACAAAAAAUACACUUUAGUUGAAAUUACAGUAGGAGGCAUUACAUAGGAGAGCCCCUCCUCCCCACCCCCCAAGAUAAAUGGUUAAAAUACAUGAAGGUCAGUAUUUCAUUAUAUCUUCUAAAAGAAGGUGGAAGAGAAAGGAAUGCUUCCAGAAGAUUGCCAUUUUAUGGGGAUUUGAUAAUGAUAGACAUGUGAGUGAUCAUUAAUCAGCUUCUAGAGUCCAUGGCUGUGACUUGGUAUACUUGUUGCAGUUUUAGAUUCAGCCUGGUGAUAUUUUCGAAAAGGCCAUGAUGUAGUGGUGAUUUCAUCUGGAUUUCUCAUGACGAUUGAUCCUCUGCUGACAUAAGCCUUUUGGUUUAGCCGUCAUUGAAAUCCUGUCUAAAUUACAUGCAUGGGUUCUCCUGACUUUGUGAGAAAAAUAGAAAGCCGUUGCCUACAUUGACUGUGUUUAUGCCCUAUGUUCUCAGGAUGCAUCAGGAAAGGUUUACUUUCAUGAGCCUGCCCAGGUUAGUUUACUUCUGACCACUAAUUGCACUUUGUCUAGAUCUUUCAGAUCAGUAGAUCAACAAACCACAAUACUUCUACGGCCUGCAGUACUUGAUUUGAGCUGUAGGUCCUUAGCUUUUCUUAGUGGUGGUGGCUAUGGUGUAUUGAGUUCAAGUUACUAAAGUUACAGCCCUGGUUUUAAGUGUAGUCUCAUGACCUCAAUUAGGCGUAACCACCCUCAAAUUGCAUAUGUUAAUAUAUAUACAUAUACAUAUAUAUAUAUAUAUAUAUAUAUGUGUAUGUGUAUAUAUAUGCGCCUUCUGAUAGCUGGUAUUUGGACUCUUUACCAGAGAGAAAUAGAUAGAAUCAAGAAUAGAAUCAAGCCUUAAAAACCACAUAUUCAGCAAACUACCCAAAUACAUUGAGUGUAGUUUGUAUUUAGAAAUAAUACAGUUAAUGUUUAGUCCAAUAAUUAUGUAGUAGUCAUGGUUCUUAUUUCAGGAGACUGGAAUGCCAACAAGGGUAAUAUUGAGGUUUGUUAAAACAGUGGAAAUAUUUGAAAUGUAUGUGUUUAUUUGACCUUUACAGGUUUUUUUUUUUUUUUUUUUAAUCUUUAAAGGCAGUUAAAUAUUUCCAUUUUAUUUCUUUUUUAAUGGCAUUAUAGAAUUUUUUAAUGAAACAAAAUUUAGUUGAAAUAAAUGUUUUCAUCUCCA